CGGAACAAUAUGUAGUAUUUUAUCAGUAAGAUUGUGUAAUACUUUUUUUGAAGUCAGAGGUGUAAAUUAUGGCUAAUAACUGCACUUAUAGACAUGACUGAUAAUUUUAAAAUCAAGGUCACUCCUUAAAUAUAAUAUGUAUUCAUCUUGAUGAAAUUGUUCCACUCUAUUCUACUCAAAUCCCAGUUAUUAGUGUUAUGCCUACAUUAUGUGUCAAGAGUCCACUGUAACUUGAAUAUUUGCACUGGUGAUAAAAAUGUAACCUAUUAUGCUGAACCAGAGAAAUGUUAUUCAACACAGUCUGAUUUAGCUAAACAACGCCAUAUAGUUAAACUUGUUAAACGUGAUCAGUAUACAAGUUUAGAAUUGGUUUGUCAUGUAUGCCCAGAUGAGAAUUUAACGCAAUUCCAAUGGUUUCGAAUUACUCGUAAUGUUGACAAGACAAUAUUUGUUCUAAAUGAAAAAACCACUUAUAGCAGUAAAUGGAUACUUGAUGAAAAUUUACUUGAACCAAUCAAAAGUGAUUUACAAACUAAUGAUCCUUGUAUUAUAAAUUCUACAAAUGAAUUAGUAUUUAACAAGUUUAAUCCUUUUGUCGAUUCAGGUACAUAUGUGUGUCGAUCUUUAAAUGAAUCAGAUCACCCUUUGAACUUUAUAUGGUAUCAUGUAGAUUAUAUUAAUUCAUAUGAGGACGUAUCGCAUAAAGUGGAAAUACCGAUCAUACGUCGAAUGGAUAAAUCAGCUACUACAUAUCAUCAACUAGAACAAUUACAAAAUAAGGUUGAAAAAGAAAUUAAUCUCUCUGAAGAUUUUCAUGAUCAGAAAUUUAAUUUAUUACAAAUCACUUCAAAAUCAUUUCAUAAUUUAACACAUGAUGAAGAUUGUGGUCCCAUAAAAGUAAGACAAAAUCGUGUCUGCUACAUACAUAUACCACGUAAGGUACCUGAUCAUGUCAAUAUAUACACAGAUGAGAUACAGUUAUUGUAUUUUGUUUUAUUGAAUGCAUUCAGUGAAUUUGGACAAUUUUAUGAUGAUCAGGAACAAAAAGGAAUAUGGCCUUUCCUUGAAAUAUCGGCUAAAAAUUUAGCUGUUGAAUUAGGUUUUAUGUUGUUUAUGAGUGAAUAUGAUUUAUACAUACCUUGUCAGUAUAAUUUUUUUAAACAACUUCCAAAUUUAAAAGAUACAUUUCAACCAUUGAAAAUAUUUAAUCUACACAUUUCAGUUACAUAUGAUUUAAGUUGUGGUGAAUCUAAUGCAAUAGAACUUGUCAAUUUAGCUUUACAACGUGAUUUAUCUAAAAUAAAGUUAAAUAUUUUAGGUUAUAAUGAUGUCAGAUUUAUGCAACUUGAAAAGCUAUCUAUUGAACAUGAACCGUUUCUAAAGUUAGACUGUCGUACUGUUGAAAAGGUUAUCUGUGAUGGUAGUUAUUAUCCAAUAAUAUGGCGGACAAAAAAUCACACAUUUUAUCGACGCACACUAUUGCAUGAAAGAAUUUAUAUUGAUGAUGCAUGUGAUCUAAUAUUACUUAAUGUAAGAUUGAAUGAUUCCGAUGUAUAUAGCUGUUAUACAAGAGAUACACGUCAACUAAGUAAAUGGCAUCCUCAACCAAAAUUAUCAUAUCGAUUAAAAAUUGAAAAAUCACAUUACCAAUGGCCUAAUAAGAAUGAUAUCCUAAUUGGUUUAAUAUUUCUGAUUCUAUGGAGUAUAUUCAUCGUAAUUAUUUGGUUUAUUUUAAUGAUUUAUAAUUUACAUAUUACAUAUGAAUCGAAAGUAAUGGCUUAUGAACGUUUACGGAAUAUUGAGCGACUUGAACGUUUUAAAAAUGAAAGACUUCAAAAUUACUGUUCUGUUUAA